GUGAUGCUUUCUACUGCAGAUCAACUCCAGUAAUCCAUACGUGGUGAACAUCCAGACUGUCCAGCAUGUCUCUCAGACUCUAUUCCCAGCCCAUGAGCGUCCAUGGUGGAGCAGGAGGUCGAGGCACCCGCAUCUCCACAGCCACUUCCCAGGUCUCCUAUUCACCUGGAGGCUUCAACCUGGCUGAUGGUCUGGACCUCCAUGUCGGGGCCAAUGAGAAGGCCACCAUGCAGAACCUGAAUGACCGCCUGGCCUCCUACCUGGAGAAGGUGCGCACCUUGGAGAAGGAGAACGACCGCCUGGACAAGCAGAUCAGAGACUGGUACCAGAGCAGAACCGUCAUUUCCCAUGACUACACUCACUAUUUCGCCAUCAUUGAUGAUCUGAAGGACAAGAUUCGUGUUGCCUCCAGAAUCAAUGCAAAGAUAGUCCUGGACAUUGACAAUGCAAGACUGGCAGCUGAUGAUUUCAAAAUGAAGUAUGAAAACGAGCUAACCAUGAGGCAGGCUGUGGAGGCCGACAUUGCUGGACUGAAGAGGGUGCUCGAUGAGAUGAACCUGGCUAGGAUGGAUCUGGAGAGUCAGUACGAGAGCCUGAAGGACGAGCUCAUCAUGCUCAAGAGGAACCAUGAAGAGGAGAUGGCUAUGUUGAGGAGUCAGGUGGGUGGCCAGGUCAAUGUGGCUGUAGACGCUUCUCCCGCUGUAGACCUGAGCAAGGUUAUGGCCGACAUCAGGGAACACUACGAAGGUGUGAUUGCCAAGAACCGCAAGGAACUCGAAGCAUGGCAUCAGGCCAAGAUCUCAGCAGUGGAGCAGGAAGUGAUCACACACACAGAAACUCUUGUCACGUCUCGUUCAGAAAUCAAGGACCUGAAGAGCACCCUUCAAAGGCUUCAGAUUGAACUGCAGUCCCAUUUGAGCAUGAAAGCAUCUCUGGAGGGCACCCUGGCGGAGACACAGGCCCGCUAUGCUGCACAGCUGGCAAUGCUUCAGAACACAGUCACAAGCCUGGAGGCCCAGCUGUCCCAGCUCCACGCCAACAUCGCCAGCAACAAGCAAGAGUACGACAUGCUGCUGGACCUCAAGACCAGACUGGAGCUGGAGAUCGCAGAGUACAGGAGGCUGCUCGACGGAGAGGAUGAAAGCUCAAAACAAGUGGUCACCAAGGUCAUCACAGUGGUGGAGACGGUCGUGGAUGGAAAAGUGGUCGGGAGCAGCAAGACUGUUGAUGUGGAUGUGGAUCAGAUUGAGUGAUGUGUCUGAGAAACUCAAUAAAGAUCUUGCAGAGGAA